AUGGACCACUCGGAUCUGACUGAAUCCCACGCCAGAGUGGCCACUAGAACGCAUCGCUCUUCAUCCUCUCCAUCCGAAACCUCAAGUUCAGCACGCAUGUCUCCAUCAGGGCUGCCACAGGCAAGUAAUGGUGCUGAUCAAGCUGUAAGUAAUGGGCACUCCGCACACCAGCAAUCCGGUUCAACCGAUGGCCUGAGAAAUCGAGAUUCCGGAUCUGGCAACGGGCUUGCAAAGAAUUCAGCACAGCGAAAUGGAGGGAACACCAAUCCAUCAAACGCUCAGUCAGAUUUGGACGAUUCACAUGUCGCCUGGUAUACUCGACUGGCGGAGAGAUAUGGCAGUGUAGAACUCGAAAAUAAGGGCAGCGUUGCUCGAGAUCAUCUUGCAUUAGAACGCACGUUUUUGGCAUGGUUGAGAACCUCGUUAGCUUUUGCUUCCAUUGGCAUCGCAGUGACCCAGCUCUUCCGCCUGAACGCGUCCACCACAUCAUCUUCCAACGUAUCCUCUCAAGCCUUCCCUUCUCUCCUUUCACCCCCGUUCUAUGAUUCCGCAACAAUACGAAUCACAUCGCAAUCGCAACGACUGCGGAAUAUCGGCAAACCACUCGGAACGACUUUCAUCGGAAUCGCCCUAUUGAUUCUCCUGAUUGGGUUCCACCGCUAUUUUGAAAGUCAGUACUGGAUCAUCAGGGGUAAAUUUCCAGCGAGCCGUGGAAGUGUUGCUCUGGUAGCAAUUGUUGCGGCCUCUCUGAUCAUAGCCUCUUUCGUCGUCAUACUCGCAAUUUCGCCAAGUGCUACUGAGACGUAA